AUGAUUAUUCCAUUUGACCAGCAGCACUACAACUACCAUCUCCGCCGUACGCCGGAGACUGUGGCAUGCACUAUACUAUGCAUAUCUGCAAUGUCGAAAGUAUGGGGAAAUAUUGGCGCCUGGGCGGCGGAAGCCGAGCGCGCCGAAGCGGAAGAGAAAGAACUAGCUGCUGCGGCGGCAGCCGCUCCACCCCAGAGCUAUCCGAGCCUGAAAGAGGCGGUGAACACUAAUAAAGGGAAGAAGAAGACGAAAAUGACGUUACAUGAGUUCACGAUGGCAGGGUCUGGAGGUCUAGGCGGUGGCGCUUUGUCUCGUGAAUUGGCUUAUGACCGUAAAGGAUUGACUCCUGAAGAAAUGAUGCGGCUCCCGACCGGGCCAAAAGAGCGUUCGGCGGAGGAAAUGCAAUAUGGGAGGCUCGGAGGUGGUUUCUCGUCCUAUGGAGGUGGUCGCGGAGGGCCGAGGAUGCGUGAUAGGGAGGGAGAUGGCGACGCUGCAUGGGGUAAUAAUCGGAGAUCUUAUGGUGAGUUUAGUGAUGAUCGUAGAGUUUCAUCUCCUCGGAUUUCGGAAUAUGAUCAACCAUCUAGGGCAGACGAGGUCGAUAAUUGGGCAAUGACCAAGAAGCCUAUCACGCCUUCUUAUGACGCUCUCACUAGACCUAGCCGUUACGGCCAUGACCCCACCAGGUCUUCUAAUUUCGGUCCUGGUUUUCGGGAUUCCGGUGGUUCUGAAGACGACCGUUGGAAAAGGGGCGUUGUGCCUCGUGAUGGUGAUCAGGAACGGCCAACGGAACGCCGGCGUUUGGUGUUAGAUCCACCAAAGGGUGAAAGUGCUCCAGUGGAGCCAUCGGCGCACACCAAUAAACCGAGUCCUUUUGGGGCAGCUAGGCCCAGGGAAGAGGUAUUGGCUGAGAAAGGUUUGGAUCACAAGAAAGUGGAUUUGGAAAUUGAUGCUAAGAAAAGUAGUAGUCGGCCCACGAGUUCACAUUCCGGCAGUUCAGUUGAUGGCCGGACUGCAUUGCAGCCGCAGGGAUUAGAGAAGACAAGGCCUAAGGUGAACCCUUUUGGCGAUGCUAAACCCAGAGAAGUUUUGCUUCAAGAGAAAGGUAUUGAUUACAGAAAGAUUGAUGUAGAGUUGGAGCGUCGUAGGCUUGGCAGGUCUGAUACAGAUGAAGCGAUAAAGAAAUUGAAGGAAAAGAUAGAUAAUCUGAAGAGAGAAUAUAAUUCUGGUUCAGAUGCAAACAACGAAUCUAAUGGAAAUGGAAACCAAAGCAGUAGUAGUUUAAGUGACAGAAUACUUGAAAAAGAAAAGAAACUGGAACAACUAAACCAUGAUCUAGAUAACAAAAUCCGGUUCAGUCAAAAACCAGUUGAAAGAACUGUUUUGGGGUCAAUUGAUGAUUCCAGAAGUGUUGACUCAUCAGAGACACGUGGCAGUAAUAGAGAUCAUUCAUGGGUAAGAAAGGGUGAUGACAGAGGAGGAUUUGGAAGAUCAAACUCAAAGGAAAGAUGGUGA